UAUUGCGCUGCGCACUGCCGUGCGUUUAACCCAGGCGAGGAGGAGGAGGAGAAAAUUCCCUCAGAUCCGGGCAGGCCCCGCACCCCACAUCCCGUCCUGUUCUGAGAGGAGAAGGGAAGAGAAAUAAACGUGGCAGCGCACAUAAGGCCAACGGAAAGGAUGAAGCUCCAACUGAACUGAAGGAAAGAAAAACAGCCCUGAAUCCUUGGAGGUCCUGCUCAGCUUGCGGCCUCCGCAGAACUUGCGAGCCUGACCUGAAAACCUUCGCCGGGACGUGCACGCAUCCCGCUUUGGACAAGCCAGUUCCACACCCUGGAUCAGAGAAUCACCCCAGCUGCACCAUGAGCCGCGUUCGGGAUGCUGGCUGCGUAGCUGCAGGGAUAGUGAUCGGUGCUGGUGCCUGGUACUGUGUCUACAAAUACACCAGAGGAAGAGACCAGACGAAAAAGAGACAGGCCAAGCCCAAGAACCGGGCUGUGGCUGGGACUGGAGCCAGGGCUAGAGCUGGGCUAAGGGCCGGAUUCACAAUCGACCUUGGGCCGGGAUUCAGUCCCCCAACCCCAGUCCUCGCUGGGGCAGAGGAUAGGACCCAGGAUGAAGCCCCUGCUCUAGACACAGCUGGAGCUGAGGCAGUGGUCCCAGCUGCAUCCAGUGCUGAGAUUCAGAGUGGGACAAGUAGUCAGGCCCAGGAGGCAGAUGGGGCCGGGGUUGGGUCCAAGACCGAAUCAGUAGUCGGGGCUGUAGCGGCUUCUGCAAUGACACCACCUCCUGGAGUGGCAGAGGCUCCCACGGCUGCAGAGUCCCCAUCAAUAGCAGGGACUCCCAAAGUGGCAGAAACCCCCAGCACAGCGGAGGCUCCCGGGGCAGCAACACCUUCCGGGACGCCUCCCGAAGCGGCAGCACACACCGAGGUGGUGGAGGCCCCUGGGGUUGUAGCGCCUACCGAGGCGGCCGAGGCCCCCGGGGUGGCAGCGCCUACUACCGAGGUGGCCGAGGCUCCAGUGCCCGCAACGCCUACUGGGGCGGCGGCGCCCACUGGGGCUGCAGAGGCUCCUGGGACGUCAGGCUCCCCUAGACCAGCGGCAGCUCCUGCAACGGCAGCCGCCAAGAAAGCGACCCCUGGGGCUCACACCGGAGCUAUACCUAAGGCCGGGUCAGCGACUGGAGCUGUACCCAAAGGUGGGGCCAAGGGUGGAACCAAGUCCCGGAAUGGGGGCAAGGGCAAGGGCAAGAAAAGCAAGGUUGAAGUAGACGAACUGGGGAUGGGCUUCCGCCCUGGGGAUGGGGCUGCAGCAGCUGCUGCAGCCUCCGCUAAUGGGGGACAGGCUUUCCUGGCAGAGAUCCCUGAUUCUGAGGAAGGGGAGUCCGGGUGGACUGACACAGAGUCAGAUUCAGACUCUGAGCCUGAGACCCAGCGCAGAGGAAAGGGAAAAAGACCUGUUCCCGUGCAGAAGCGUCCCUUUCCUUAUGAAAUUGAUGAGAUUCUGGGUGUCCGAGAUCUCAGGAAAGUCCUUGCCUUGCUUCAGAAAUCGGAUGAUCCUUUCAUCCAGCAGGUAGCUUUGCUCACCCUGAGCAACAAUGCCAAUUACUCAUGCAACCAGGAGACCAUCCGCAAAUUGGGAGGGCUCCCAAUUAUUGCAAACAUGAUCAACAAAACCGAUCCCCACAUUAAGGAAAAAGCCUUAAUGGCCAUGAAUAACCUGAGUGAAAAUUAUGAAAAUCAGGGCCGGCUUCAGGUAUACAUGAAUAAAGUGAUGGAUGAUAUCAUGGCCUCUAACCUGAACUCAGCAGUACAGGUAGUUGGACUAAAAUUUUUAACAAACAUGACUAUUACCAAUGACUACCAGCACCUGCUUGUCAAUUCCAUUGCAAACUUUUUCCGUUUGUUAUCUCAGGGAGGUGGGAAGAUCAAGGUUGAGAUUUUGAAAAUACUAUCGAAUUUUGCUGAAAAUCCAGAUAUGCUAAAAAAACUUCUCAGUACCCAAGUGCCACCAUCAUUUAGUUCCCUCUAUAAUUCUUAUGUGGAAUCAGAAAUUCUUAUUAAUGCUCUUACUCUGUUUGAGAUCAUCUAUGACAAUCUCAGAGCAGAAGUGUUCAACUACAGAGAAUUCAAUAAGGGUUCCCUUUUUUACUUAUGCACUACGUCUGGAGUGUGUGUUAAGAAAAUUCGAGCCUUAGCAAAUCACCAUGACCUCUUGGUGAAAGUGAAAGUUAUAAAGCUAGUGAACAAAUUCUGAUUGUAUAUGUGCUUUCAAAAGACAAAGAAAUUUCUUGGUUUUGCAGUCUGGAAGCAUUGAAAAUUGAAGGUUACUGCUUUUCCACUUGUUCAUAUAGUAAAGGGAUCCUUUCAGCUGCCAGUUAUGAAUAAUGUAUCAUCCAGAGUGAUGUUAUCUGUGACAGUCACCAGCUUUAAGCUGAACCAUUUUAUGAAUACCAAAUAGUCCUCUUGUACUGAAAACACAUUUGUGACUUUAAUCGUGCUGCUUGGGUGGAAAUAUUUUUACUGGUUCCUCUAUGUGAAUUGAUAGUGAACCUGUCCAUUAUGAAUGGCCUACUCUUCUAUUGUUUUGACUUGAAUUUAUCCACCAAAGACUUCAUUUGUGUAUCAUCAAUAAAGUUGUAUGUUUCAACUGACAAAAA